AUGGAUGGCAACAGACGGUUUGCCAAGAUCAACAAGAUGGAGACAAACGAGGGUCACAGUGCCGGCUUCGACACCAUGGCCCGACUAUUGGAGAUCUGCUACGACUGCGGCGUCGAGGCAGCAACCGUGUUUGCGUUCUCGAUCGAGAACUUCAAUCGGCCCGAGUACGAGAUCGAGUGGCUGAUGAAACUCGCCAAAUCCAAAAUGAAACAAGUCAUAGAGCACGGCGAGCUGUGCGACAGGUACGGCAUCCGGAUCCGCAUUCUGGGCAACGUCAAGCUGCUGCCGCACGACGUGCGAGACUCCUUGCUCGAGGCCCAGGAAAUGACCAAGAAUAACACCCGCGCAGUGCUCAAUAUCUGCUGUCCCUACACCGCCAGAGACGACAUGACACAUUCCAUUAAAACCAUCCUUGCCAAGGGCUACGACCCGGAAAUGAUUGACCAGGACCUGAUCGCAGAUAAUUUGUACACGGGGGGAAUCCCACGAUUGCAACUUCUUAUACGAACCUCGGGAGUUUACAGACUAAGCGACUUUAUGCUCUGGGAAGCCGUGGACGUUGACUGCGACAUUGAAAUACUUUCUGUGCUCUGGCCACAGUUCACCCCCACCUUGAUGCUCUGGACCUUGUUCAAGUGGGGGUGGAACAGGUCUUCCAGAACACGGCGAAACGAUCGGCUUUUACAACGCCACGAAAAGGACGACUGA